GCGACGCGAUGUGUUUGGGAUGCACAUGAGAAAUGAGACGAGGGUACAAAAUGUAUCCUGAUGCGUUCCUCUGAUUAAGACGAGCAUCUGCGGUCGGCAAACAGCGGCGCUUCAGUGCAGUUCUCUCAGGGACUUUAUUUACAGAUCAGCAAGAGAUUGAACAUCAGGUUUACAGCGGGGGUGUGUGAUUGAUUCAUCAGCCCCAGAGGCGAGUCAGAAGUCAGAUGUUGUUGUUUUUAAACGUGUACAUGUAAACGACUCGCCUUCACAGCUCGAUACUGGGAUGUGAACGCUGAAGCAGGAGAAAAGCGGGUCGUCAAACAUCUGUCCGGGUGUUUAGAUGGACAUGUCGGUUUGCUGGAGCUUCAAACAUCUGUCGAGGAAAAGAUGUGAACGCGAAUCUCAGCGAAUAAUGCUGUGACCGAUGCCGCAUCCUUCAUAUCACUCAAACCACACAGGAGAAACCAGGGUCUGCCUCCAUGCUGAGAUGUGCGCUAGUCACCUGUCUGAUCGGCUGAGCGUGCACUCUUUACCAUGUAACUACAAAAAGAAGGAUGCUUUAUUCGUCCACUAGUCCUCCUGUGGCUUCAGGGCAGCCGAAUCCCUCAGCUCGGCCAGCGUCCCAGCCCGCGGGCGCACGAGCCAUGGAGAACUCCUCCAGCAAACUCAACAGCUCGCCGGACUUCCGGACUCUGUCAGAAUACAUCACUCCGUCAUCAGUUUGGCAGGAGCCCGUGGAGGGUCUGAACCUGCCCUUGCAGGUGUUCUUGGGCCUGGUGAUUAUCUGCGUGCUGCUGCUGGCCUUCCUGGGGAACAUGGUGGUGUGUGUAAUGGUCUACCAGAGGGCUGCGAUGCGCUCGGCCAUCAACAUCCUGCUGGCCAGCCUCGCCUUCGCUGACAUGAUGUUAGCGGUCCUCAACAUGCCCUUCGCUUUGGUCACCAUGGUGACCACACGCUGGAUCUUCGGUGACGUGUUUUGCCGCGUGUCAGCCAUGUUCUUCUGGAUGUUUGUUAUGGAGGGAGUAGCUAUUCUGAUGAUCAUCAGCGUGGACCGUUUUCUAAUCAUCGUGCAGAAGCAGGACAAGCUCAGUCCACGCAGUGCCAAAUUGUUAAUCGCGGUCUCGUGGUGUUUGUCCUUCUGCUUCUCCUUCCCUCUUUCCUUCGGCUAUCCCGCGCUCUACAUUCCCCCCAGGGCUCCGCAGUGUGUUUUCGGAUACACCGCCGAGCGUGGAGACCAUGCCUACGUGAUGCUGAUCAUGCUGUUGUUUUUCUUCGUCCCGUUUCUGGUGAUGCUCUACACGUUUAUGGGAAUCUUGAGCACGCUCCGCCACAACGCGCUGCGCAUCCACUCGCACCCAGACUCGGUGUGCCUCAGCCAGGCCAGCAAGCUGGGUCUGAUGAGCCUCCAGAGGCCUUUUCAGAUGAACAUCGACAUGAGCUUCAAAACACGUGCCUUCACCACCAUCCUCAUCUUGUUCUCCGUCUUCACCGCAUGCUGGGCGCCGUUUGCCACCUACAGCCUGCUGUCCACCUUCAGCCGGACCUUCUACUACAGGCAGAACUUCUUCCAGAUCAGCACAUGGCUCCUGUGGAUCUGCUACCUCAAAUCAGCCCUGAAUCCUCUGAUCUACUACUGGCGCAUCAAGAAGUUUCGCGACGCCUGCCUUGACUUGAUGCCCAAGUACUUCAAGUUCCUGCCGCAGCUGCCUGGCCACACCAAGAGACGCAUCCGCCCCAGCGCUGUUUAUGUGUGCGGGGAGCAUCGCUCUGUGGUUUAGCGGACGAGGCCUGUUUUUUGUAAUUCUUAUCAAGCUGUGAUAUGGUCGGUCUUUUCUUAAAACUUCAGGAUUUGACUUUUAUUAAAUGGGAUCACCCCUUGAGAUGGAGGUUUUUGAUAGGGUCCUGAAGGAUGUGCUUUGGUUUCUACAAGAUUGUACAGCUGGAAGGUUUACAGAGUUUGUACGUUAAACUUCUUUGAUUGCACAAUGUUUAUUUUUUAGGAUUUAGAACUUGAUAGAGGUUUGUUCCGUACAUAUCGGUCAGGUGCUGCUAUACUUGGUGAAAAUGUGCAAUUUUCUGUUUUAUAUGCCAUGAAUGUAAUGAGAUUGUAUGUGCUGUAUCUGUUGUUUUUUAACCUGGCUUUGUGAUCUCUUCUUCUUCUCUUUGUUUUAAACAACAUUUUAUUUAAUUUCAUAUAUUGAUGGUUCAGCUGUUAUAUUUUGGAUUAUUUUCAGUGUGGGGAAAAGGCAUUUGACACAGGAUAAAGCAUGACUUUUAGAUGACUUUUGUGAAAAUACAGGAUUUUUUAAAAGUUAUUUGUGAUUUCAAUGCCUGAAGUGAAUAAAAUC